AUGUUUCCCCCGCCGCCACCACCCAAUGCGGGGACAUUGCCGUCGCAUCCUCCGUUCGCACCGAAUCUCGUGCCCAACAGUCACCCCGAGUCCACGACGGGUACGAAUGUCAACACUACCAUAACGAAUGCCGGAACGAGUUACACUCCAGCGUCGGCCGUGAUGACCGACCCACGCAACCGGAGCCGGAGCAGUCGUAGUCGCAGCCCCAGUCCGACGAUGACGCGGUCUGUACCGGCGUCACCCCGUUCGGUCCCUUCCACACCCACACGUCGGGCCCUCCCCCGUCCUCCACCACGAUCCUUACCGCGUCCGCCCCACCGCCGCGUCGGUAGCCACGAUGCGACGACGACGGCAACCCCCAGUCGCCAUACCACCACAGCCACGACGUCGACGACGAUGACAACACCAAGUGGACUCUAUACUCCGCGUCGUUUCAAAUUGCCCCCCACCAGUCACACACGCCGGGAGACGUCGUCGCCCUACGUUACGCCCACCCACACGCCGCAGUCGUCACCCUUCCGGCGACCCCGGGUCUCGCAUGCGAUGGAAGAAACGGAUGCGGUCACGAAUCCUUCCACGGAUCCGUGGGGAACCACCGGCGCUCCGUUAGCCGACGUUGCCGAACCACCCUUGGUACCACCACUGCUGCCGACUACCAGUAAUGCGGCGACAUUCACCACAACGAAAACAACAGUACCUGAGGCUACUACUCCCACACCCACGUUGACGGUGCCGUCAUCCUCCUUGCCGCCGCAGUGGACGGAAGCCGUGGACGUCGAUACCGGAAAGUUUUAUUUCGUACACGUCGAAACGAAAGAAACGCGCUGGGAGCGUCCCACCAUCGACGACGGCGACACGCCGACCCACCAACAACAACAUCACAUCGCGUGCGUGUCGGCGGAAGCCCCCAACGGUGAGGAAGCCCGGACCGCCGUUCCAAACGCGGCCCCGCUCGACCAGGCGUCCGACCCGAUCGAACCGGGUUGGACCGCCACGGUCGAUCCCGCGUCUGGUCGAACCUACUACUAUCACGCCGCCACCGGUGAAACCCGUUGGGAGCCGCCGUUGGCGCGUGCCGACGAACCCACUAACCCCGUGUCGAAACCGCCGUCCACCACGGAAUCGGCCGCGAACGUCUCCGAGAUUCCGAUCUCCCUUCCGUCGGGCUGGGUCGAACAAACGGAUCCCUCGUCGGGACGCCCGUACUACUACCACAACGCGAGCAACCUGACGCAGUGGGAACGACCCGGCGACGCAACGUUGCCGGUCGACGAAAAAGACGAGACGACCUCCGAACGUGUGGUAGAGUCACUGAAUCCACCAACUAAACCGUCUCCAGUGACAGUGGAGAGCGCGUCGGUCGCCGAAGAGCCUCGAGAGUUCGAUCGCGUUCAUUCGGAACCGGCGGAUACGGAACCCACUCCGGACCGGGAGACGGCCGUUGCGGAACAACCUACGGAGGAACAAAAAACGGAUCCCGCGGAGACGCAGACGGCAUAUUUCCUGCCUGCCGGCUGGGUGGCCGCCAACGAUCCGUCGUCGGGGCGGACCUACUACUAUCAUGCGGAAUCCGGUGUCACGUCAUGGAAUCCACCGAAAAUGCCAGGGACAGUCCCUGAACGAGAGGUGGCCGACGAAACUGGAACGGAACAUCCCGAAGAAAAGUCUUUGGAUCCAGUGUCUGCCUAUGAGGAAACCAAGUCCGAGUCUCCAGCGACGGAAACGUUAGGCAUUUCGACGGAUGAUACGAUAAGUGAUCGUCACGGGAUUGGAGGAGAGUUCGAUUCGGUUUCACCGGAUUCUUGGACGUUGCGGGAUGGAAAUAGUGCGAACGAUACUGUAACGGACGUGACAGAAGGCCAGUCUCCCGAGCUUCCGAACGGUUGGCAGGAACUGGUCGAUCCCUCUUCCGGAUCGACCUACUACUACAACGAAGUGAAUGGGACAACGUCCUGGGACCGGCCCCUUGCGCAAGAAACUACGGAGGUUUCGGUAUCGCCGCCCGAGGAGGAAAAACACGAUAGUGCGGAUAUUCACCACCCCCGUGCCAGUCCGGAGGAUACCGGUAGUGCUAAUGACGGAGCCAUGACCACGGAUCCGCAGUCCGAACCGCCUUCGGCUCCCCUGGAAGCCAACGUGGGCGGCGUACUGUCGUCGGUGCCGGAGGUCGAAGCGGAAGCGAACGAAGGUAAAUUAGAGGAGAAAACCGCCGCUUUACCUGAAGGUUGGGUUGAGCUUGUGCACGAAUCGUCCGGAAAGACUUACUACUUCCACGCAGAAGACAACGUCACGUCUUGGGAGCAACCCGAACCGACACGCAGACAAAAAAAUGAUGAGGACGAAAGGAUAGUCGUUCCCGAGGAGUCUUUGUAUCCGGAAAUACCUUCCAAUAGCGAUCUGGCACCCGAGGAAACAAAUGUUGCUGCUUUACCGCAAGGCUGGAUCGAAGCGGUGGACCCAAGUACCGAAGCGACUUAUUACAUCAAUGAAGUUGAAGGCAUUACCUCCUGGGAGAGACCAAGAUUUGGUGACACCGUGAGCUUUAUCAAUUUGGUUACAGAAAACGAUGUACCAGAACCACAUUCCAACUCUGCAGAAGGAUCCAAUAAAGCCCAUGAUGAAAACGAUAGCGGCUUAGAAGACGAGAAUAGUCUUACCGACCUUCCUCCUGGGUGGGCAAAAUUAACGCAUCCAGAUUCCGGGGAUGCGUACUACUACAACGAAGCGACGAAUGCUACCUCCUGGGAUAUUCCGGAGUCCUCGACCGUGAAUGGGACCUCUGCUCAGCUAGACGAGCCUUUCGAAACUACGACAGAAGCCUUUUCUAGUGGAGGAGGGGCAUCCCCGCGAAGUGUUGAUGGUUCCUCUGAAUACCCACGCGAGGAAGCCAACCUUGGAGGAGACAGUAAGAAUUUAAAAUCACAUGUCAGUCUUGCAGGAAUGGUCGAAUCGGAAAACUCCAAGCCUUUUGAAAUGCCCGAGGACGCAAUCUCUACUGGGUGGGAAGCACUUGUCGAUGAAGCGUCGGGUGCAAUCUACUAUUAUAAUAAACUAGAUGGUACAAGCUCCUGGGAAAGACCGCUCGCUUCGGACAUUGGCCUAGACGGUGGAUUAAUCGAAGUGCAGGAAAAGGAGACUGAUAUCGACAGCACCGUGGAAGCGAAUAGGAUGGACAAUGUGACUGUGCAGAGUCUUCCGGAAGGAUGGAUUGAAGUCAUGGAUCCCAAUUCAGGUAGCGUUUAUUAUUUCAAUGAAGUUGACGGUACAUCAAGUUGGGAUAAACCGCAAGAGCCAACUACAGACCCAAAGCAUCUCCCUGACGAGGAGACAGAAGCAAUAGUCGGUCGAGCUGCUCAUUCUAUCGCUACAUUUGGUUUCGGUGGAAAAUUGUGUGUGCAUCGGGUUGCUCUUGGUAGUCCCUGUGUUGCAAUAUACCGGCCUUACACGUUGCUUCCGAUGGAGAGUGUCGUUCGUGUGGAAGAAAGGAAAAGGAAGGCAAGCAUUUUUGGUCCUUUGAGCACUUCUUCGGAAAAGUCAAUGGCGACUUAUCUGCAACUCUUGUCAAAGGAAGAGAAGGGUGAUAUUCUUUGGAAGGUGAUUUCUAUCGCCUACAAUCACGGAGGCAAGCUCCGUGGCAACGACAGUCCAGAGAAAACAGCUUCUCCUGAAGAGGAAGUUGUAGAGCUUCUUCUACAGGCAGGCGACAUUUUCGAGUGUCCAAUAACCUCGAACGCCCCUGGGCGUAACGUCGAUGAGAUACAAAGCUUUCUCUUGAGGGGUCAGAGAAGCGAUGCUCUUAAAGCAGCUCUCACUGGCGGAUAUUUCUCACUGGCUUUACUUGUCGCGAGUAUGUGUGAGCGUGAAUCUUUCCAGCACGUAGCUACUGAGUUUACAAAGUCGUCUUUCACAGCUGACUCUCCUAUGCACACUGUAUGUCUCUUGUUGGCUGGUAAUAUUGAUGGGCUUUUGGACGAUCACAAAAAUGAAGACGUUGAGCUCUGGGCCGGAGACCCGGAAAAACUGCGUUUCACUUGGAAAGGACACCUUGCAGCAAUUUUAAGCAACCGAACAUCUGGUUGGGAUCGCCUGGCCAUAUCGCUUGGUGAUAAGCUGCUAGAAAUUGACGAGAUUGAAGGCGCCCACUGUUGCUACCUCGUCAGUGGUUGUCCGAUUGCUAGUCCGGUCCGAAAUGCCCGUUUGACGCUUUUAGGAUGUAAUUUUGGGCCGGCGGACCUGACACUAAUGACCGAAAAAUCUGUCUUCGGAUUUGAAUAUACGGAAGCUUUCGAGUGGUCAAAACGUCGCCAAAAUCCGUCUUCGUCUAUACAAAGCCUCCAGGCAUUCAAGCUCAUGUAUGCAACGCUGUUGGCCGACCUUGGGUACCAGACAACAGCCCGUCACUACCUGCAGGAUGUAUUGAAAUGUGUCGAUGCAUUGCCAGAGGAUGCCGGAAUUGAAUCGAGACCUGGACCCUUCUCUUUGAGCAUUCUAUCAGCAGAUCGCGGAGGACUGCUUUAUCACUUAAACAGCUUUGAAAGGCGGUUGACUUUGAAGGAGGUUGCUCGUGGCACACCUGUCCCCGACGUCAUAAAGGACAAACACAGCAGCAGGGCUUCAUUUGAGGAUCAAGGAGAGCUCUCUUUUUUGACCACGCAGUCGAACAUGCUGGAGACAACCACUGGAUCAACGAUUGUCGGAGAGGCCUUAUUGCCAGCUGACGAAGACGAUGAUGCACCAGCAGUAGGUAGCGAGACCUAUGAAUCAGUCACAAGUGAAAGUGAUGAUCCUAUUGUUGUCGGUCCGGAAGUGCUACCAGUAGAGCCGAGCGAGACGUUCCUUGAGAGCUCCGAAAGUGCGGUCUAUAUUCUUCCUCCAGGGUGGGUCGAAUCCAUUGACCCAACAUCGGGGGAAACGUUUUACUUCAACGAGUCUGAGGGAACUUCUUGCUGGGAGAAGCCGACUUUUGAUGAAACAAAGACAGAGCAAGAGGCGUCUAUGAAAAAUUUCAAUCAGGGAAUCAACAAUACAGACGAUGUAGAUAAUGAGGAGGCUACCGAGCAACCCGAUGGUUUGUACGAAGGAGGUCAUAUGGACAAUACAGCAGUUCCAAAUCUCCCGGUCGGAUGGGUCCAAGUUGAAGACAUCAAUGGAGGUCCCUCGUAUUUCUACAACGAGGACGACGAUGUCACGACUUGGGACCGUCCGACACUAGUCGCUCAGGAGGGCGAAAUGGGAACGCGGUCAAUCGCACCCGAAAGGGAGGCGAUGCCAUCUACCAAGGAUGUGAUCCAAGCGAGUCAUUCCACAAAUUUACCAGAGGGCUGGGAGGAGCUCGUGGAACCGUCUUCUGGCGACGUUUACUAUUACAACGCUGCAGAGAAUGUUACUACUUGGGAUCGCCCGGUCCAAGUCCCAGAUAAGGCUGAACGAACUUCAGCGGUUUCUACUUGUAAAAGUCAAGUAUCGUCGUCCCCUGAUCUUCGAGGCGGAUCCUCACUUAAACAAUCUGCGAUGGAGUUUUCUGGCGAGUUCACCGAGAAUAGGCCGUUAUCAGUUGACUCCAAGCCGCCUCUCUUGACCGAGCCCGUUUUGAAAGAAACUAUUAAUGAUUCGAAGGGCUUGACUGGUUCUGGAGGAAAGACACCUGCUUCAAGUUUUGCGGCACAGGAUAUAAAUACUACGCAACAGCCGUCUUUCGCUGCAACUCCUUUACGACAGAAAUCCCCGGGCAGUACGAAUGUUACUCCUGUGAGGGUAGACAAGGCGCCCACAGCACCUUCCUCUGCGCCGGCCAACCUCGAGCAUGGCUCAAACAAGAAACGUGGCAGCUUUUUCAAUUUUGGUAUUCAGAAAAGAGUCGCAAAAUGGAUGAACCCAGACGCAACCCUUGCCGAUCCUGGCGAAGAAAUGAAGGCCUAUUUCGACGAACAGCGUAAAGUAUGGGUAUUUCCCGGGGAGGACCCAGACAAAAAAGCCUCUCCUCUGGCCCCGCCUCCGACACUUUCAGCGACUCAGAGACCUCUUUUAGAACCUGAAUCCAGACCAGCUUUCCAGCCAAAUGAUCCCUUGGCCGCCAUGAUGGCACCUCCACGUCGAGGCCCUUCAGCUUCGAAAAGCCGAUCGAUGGGAGCAGCUCCUGGUUCCUUCGCUGGAGGACCUCCAAUAGGUUUCCCUGGAUCAGCACCGAACGGGAACGCAUCUGGUGCUCCUCCGCAAUUUGCUGUAUUUCAGCCCAAGCCAGCACCUUAGACAUAUGGAACAGUCGAUAGCCAUCCACGUAGAUGCGGGCUGGAACAUGCCGAUACGUUGCAUGCGAUCUUGGCGUGGUCACGAAGUAUACAUAUGCUCCUAAUUUGCAGCUAAUGACGUGUCGCGGUGAAGAAAUAAUUGUGGGUUGCAUAUGGUCUCACUGUUAGCGUGGUCACUAUCAGCAUGUGCACAUCAGCUUCUACUUUCAUGGCAUAUCGCGAUGAAGACUUUUACCAUUUUAGAUCACGUAUUCAUCACAAGGAUCUCAGGAUUAAUUGGCGAUUUGGGAAACUUGGCAAGGGAAUAUGCUAUGUAACAGGAGGUAGUUUGCAAAAACGUUCAGGUGAUCUUUUUUACAACAGGUCUCCAGCACCACCCUUCUUUCACCAAUAAUAGGAUAGAAAAAGAACGGAGACAGAUUGCUAUUCACAGUCAUUCCAAAGAAGGCAACCUCUGCGAGACAUCACUCCCUCGAUCGAGUCGAGCCUCAAUUCAAGUAUAUCUCGGCAAAGAAAAUGAAGCCUUGAUUGUGGCUAGCAAUGUAUAUGGGAAUGGUUCAAAUUUCUCUCAGAGCUACAUAAAAAGUUAGUGCUAACUUCUAAUGUUGGACGAAAACAUUCUGU